AUGAGCCGUCUCGGUGCAUUUCGUAUUCUUUUCUCUGCGUUUCGUGACGCCUACAGGACGUACGACGUUUGUCCACCGACUUCCCGUCCGACUGUCCGAUUUUGGACGACGUCAUCCAAGUGCGCUGCAAAUACCAGAUUUUCGGUACUUCCUGUGCCUAUCCCCAUACCCCACGGCGGCCAACGAGACAUGCAGAGCGCCGUGAAGAGUAGACAGUUUGUGAAAGAAGGUCCCACGAAAAAUGUCAGCAUCAACGUCAACUAUGACAAGCUGGAGCAGAUUGGCGAAGGGACGUAUGGAGUCGUGUACAAAGCAUUAGACAAGCAGACUGGCAAGUUUGUCGCUCUGAAAAAAGUCAGGAUGGAAUCAAGUGCAGAAGGUGUACCUUCGACAGCCAUGAGAGAGAUUUCAUUGUUGAAGGAAAUAAACCAUGAAAAUGUCGUUAAACUCUAUGAUGUCAUUAUGUCUGACAAGAAAUUGUUUUUAGUAUUUGAAUUUAUGGACUAUGAUUUAAAAAAAGUAUUAGAAUUGCGCAGAAAAGAAUUUGGAUUCGGAUUACCUGAACCUCAAAUCAAGAGUUACUUAUACCAAAUACUGAAUGCAUUAGCGUAUUGUCAUAUUCAUCGCAUAAUUCAUCGAGAUCUGAAGCCACAAAACCUUUUAGUAAAUACUGCUGGUGGUAUAAUCAAAUUGGCAGACUUUGGAUUAGCUAGAGCAUUUUCAUUUCCCCUGCGUAACUAUACACAUGAAGUUAUUACUUUAUGGUAUAGAGCUCCUGAAAUAUUGUUAGGAGCUAAGGUAUACACCAUGGCUGUAGAUCUCUGGAGCCUUGGGUGUAUAUUCACAGAAAUGAUGACUUUAAGGCCAUUAUUUCCGGGUGAUUCAGAAAUUGACCAGUUAUUUAGAAUCUUUCGGACUCUUGGAACUCCGACAGAUGUCACAUGGCCUGGAGUAGAUCAAUUACCAGAUUUUAAACCAUUAUUCCCACUAUGGGAAGCACGUCUUAUUGAAGAAUUCUUACCUGAACUCUCUGAUAAAAAUCAACAAAAUGUUUUUUAUGCAAUGUGUACCUACAAUCCGGCAAACAGAAUGUCGGCUGAAAAAAUAUUGGAAAUGGAUUAUUUUCAUAGUUUAAGACUGGCAUCUCUACCGGAAACACCUUAA